AGGAAAUGCCCUACGAAGAGCCUUCACCCCAAAGUGUAACGUGAGUAGCAUGGAAACUGAUUCGUAAAACGCUUUUCACCUUUACAUUAUGCACACAAACGUACUUUGAAUCAAUACUUCAUGCAAGCAACAUGCUAGUAAUGGCGUCGCAAAGAAGCUUAUGCGUUUGAUGUCUUCAUAUCACCGACAAUACUACUAGCCUCUUCACUCCCAAGUCUCCCGUCAUCAAGAAUGAUGGUCAGGGAUUGACAAUUUCAGGGGAAUGGAUGCAGUAAUUAACAAUAACUUUAAUUUCUCUAUGUUACAUCUCAGGUCGAAAUAGGUGUAUUUUUCCACCUUCAAAUUGCCAUAACCAAUACCAGAAGAAAUGUCAAUUUUCCCAAGAAUUGCUUUGAAGCCAGAAGUUCAUGAUUACUUGAGGAAUGUCUUCAUAAACAAGGAGGUGGGGUUCCCUUACCUGCUACACACACACACACACACACAGGGGCAUUUAGCAACGCGGAUGUAUUUACACACACUAGCGUUGCUUUCAAUUGUAUUGGGUUGCACAAAAGCCUGAAGUGAAAUACAAUUCCAUUUAAACUUACUGUGCCGGUGGGCAGGACGGUUGGUUAUUAUGAGGGGGGAAAUUUGAAACAAAAUAUCUAAAGGAUUGUAUUAUUAAAGAGUUUCCAAGCCAGAUCUGUUGUAGAUCCACUUCCACUCUGCUUACCUCAUGUCAAAAUAAAAGUCCCACACGUGCGCCAUAUGUGGAGAAAAAAUGAAUAACUUGUGGGGGACGUUUAUUUUGAUAUGAGCUAAGCAGAGAUUAAGUGGGUUCUAUAACAUACCCACGUUUGGAAAGUCUGUUUAAUAAUACGAUCCUUUAGAUAUUUUCUCUCAAUCCCCCCCCCCCCCCCCCCCCCAAACCCAAUACAAUGUAUGUAAAUACACCCUCGUUCCAAAAUGCACCUAGCACACACACUAAUUAAUCUGUUUGUGUUCAUUGUUUUGACAGUGACUACAUUAAUGUUCUUGUUCUUGUUGAACAUUGAGGACGUUGGUUGACUUCUACUAGAUGCAAGUUUAUUGUUAUUUCUAAAUGACACCUAAGAUUUUACUUGCACUUUAUCAGAUCUCAUCUAGUUAUGUACAGAUAUAUGGACCUGUAUUUAUCCUGCUUCUCAGAGUAGCAUUGCUGAUCAAGGAUCACUUUGGCCUUUUAGAUAAUAAUGAAUCCAAAUGUUAUGGAAAGGGAGGCCCUGAUCCUAGAUCUACUCUGAGAUGCUUUAUGAAUAUGGGCCCUGAAGUUCAAGUGUCACCCAAAAAGGAUCUGUUGAAAGAGAGAAGUAAUGUUCAGCUGCUCGAACCUGACACCCCCUGUCCUAUGUUUGGGUGCAGGUGUUGGCUGCAGUGAGUCAGGGAGAGGCGGAGCAGAGGUUCCAGAGGCUACUCUCCUGCCUGUCCCACCCGCCUGCCUUGACCUGUGUGCGGGCCAGCACUCACCUGGCUCCCCUGGAGGAGAUCCAACAGAGGCUUGGGGAGGAACUCAAACAGGUGGGGGGCAGUCUGCAUUCUGUGUUGGUGACUUGUGACGGUGGGAUUUAUUAAUUGGAAUACAUUAACUGAAAUGUGCUUAAGUUCAAUGCUCCUUCUAGGCUAUAGUGUGAGAGACAGAUGGACUGAGUUUAUUCCCUUCUACCGAAGUGUGUUUGCACAGUUUCUCACUCUCCGUCAUCAAUCAAUCAAUACAUUAAAUGUAUUUAUAAAGCCCUUUUUACAUCAGCAGUCAUGGAUUUAACAAUGGUGGAAACUCCCUCCAGCCAAUGCUUACACCAAUCCAAUGCUUUUAAAUACAUGACAGGGUGCAAAUGCACACUUUCGGAAAAGGGUGGAGAAUCAGGCCACAGCCAUGGUGGACAUGUGUCUAUGGAGCAGUGUUGCCUGAACUUAACCUAAGAUUGUGUUUUUUAUUGCUAAAGGUUUUCUUUGUCCUGGUGGGUAUGCUAUGUGAGAGCAUUCAUGUCUGACUGUGUGUCUAUACAUUUAUGAUAGUCAACACUGUUUUCUGUGUGUUGACACCUCAGUGUGAGCUCUUCUAACCCUGCUGUCUCUGUUCUUGCAGCAGCAGAGGUGUGACUCUCAGUCUGAAGACAUUUCCAUUACCAUUCUCCCCCACCCACACAUUCCAGAUGUGCUGCUUCUUCCUGUCAUCGGCCCAAGGUAUGUCAGGAAUGGUUGCAAAAUGUCAGCCAAAUAAACUAUAUAUACAGUGGGGAGAACAAGUAUUUGAUACACUGCCGAUUUUGCAGGUUUUCUUACUUACAAAGCAUGUAGAGGUCUGUAAAUUUGAUCAUAGGUACACUUCAACUGUGAGAGACGGAAUCUAAAACAAAAAUCCAGAAAAUCACAUUGUAUGAUUUUUAAGUAAUUAAUUUGCAUUUUAUUGCAUGACAUAAGUAUUUGAUCACCUACCAACCAGUAAGAAUUCCGGCUCUCACAGACCUGUUAGUUUUUCUUUAAGAAGCCCUCCUGUUCUCCACUCAUUACCUGUAUUAACUGCACCUGUUUGAACGCGUUACCUGUAUAAAAGACACCUGUCCACACACUCAAUCAAACAGACUCCAACCUCUCCACAAUGGCCAAGACCAGAGAGCUGUGUAAGGACAUCAGGGAUAAAAUUGUAGACCUGCACAAUGCUGGGAUGGGCUACAGGACAAUAGGCAAGCAGCUUGGUGAGAAGGCAACAACUGUUGGCGCAAUUAUUAGAAAAUGGAAGAAGUUCAAGAUGACGGUCAAUCACCCUCAGUCUGGGGCUCCAUGCAAGAUCUCACCUCGUGGGGCAUCAAUGAUCAUGAGGAAGGUGAGGGAUCAGCCCAGAACUACACGGCAGGACCUGGUCAAUGACCUGAAGAGAGCUGGGACCACAGUCUCAAAGAAAACCAUUAGUAACACACUACGCCGUCAUGGAUUAAAAUCCUGCAGCGCACGCAAGGUCCCCCUGCUCAAGCCAGCGCAUGUCCAGGCCCGUCUGAAGUUUGCCAAUGACCAUCUGGAUGAUCCAGAGGAGGAAUGGGAGAAGGUCAUGUGGUCUGAUGAGACAAAAAUAUAGCUUUUAGGUCUAAACUCCACUCGCCAUGUUUGGAGGAAGAAGAAGGAUGAGUACAACCCCAAGAACACCAUCCCAACCGUGAAGCAUGGAGGUGGAAACAUCAUUCUUUGGGGAUGCUUUUCUGCAAAGGGGACAGGACGACUGCACCGUAUUGAGGGGAGGAUGGAUGGGGCCAUGUAUCGCGAGAUCUUGGACAACAACCUCCUUCCCUCAGUAAGAGCAUUGAAGAUGGGUCGUGGCUGGGUCUUCCAGCAUGACAAUGACCAGAAACACACAGCCAGGGCAACUAAAGAGUGGCUCCGUAAGAAGCAUCUCAAGGUCCUGGAGUGGCCUAGCCAGUCUCCAGACCUGAACCCAAUAGAAAAUCUUUGGAGGGAGCUGAAAGUCCGUAUUGCCCAGCGACAGCCCCGAAACCUGAAGGAUCUGGAGAAUGUCUGUAUGGAGGAGUGGGCCAAAAUCCCUGCUGCAGUGUGUGCAAACCUGGUCAAGACCUACAGGAAACGUAUGAUCUCUGUAAUUGCAAACAAAGGUUUCUGUACCAAAUAUUAAGUUCUGCUUUUCUGAUGUAUCAAAUACUUAUGUCAUGCAAUAAAAUGCAAAUUAAUUACUUAAAAAUCAUACAAUACUUGUUCUCCCCACUGUAUAUAUAUAUACACACUGCUCAAAGAAAUAAAGGGAACACUUAAACAACACAAUGUAACUCCAAGUCAAUCACACUUCUGUGAAAUCAAACUGUCCACUUAGGAAGCAACACUGAUUGACAAUACAUUUCACAUGCUGUUGUGCAAAUGGAAUAGACAACAGGUGGAAAUUAUAGGCAAUUAGCAAGACACCCCCAAUAAAGGACUGGUUCUGCAGGUGGUGACCACAGACCACUUCUCAGUUCCUAUGCUUCCUGGCUGAUGUUUUGGUCACUUUUGAAUGCUGGCAGUGCUUUCACUCUAGUGGUAGCAUGAAACUGAGUCUACAACCCACACAAGUGGCUCAGAUAGUGCAGCUCAUCCAGGAUGGCACAUCAAUGCGAGCUGUGGCAAGAAGGUUUGCUGUGUCUGUCAGCGUAGUGUCCAGAGCAUGGAGGCGCUACCAGGAGACAGGCCAGUACAUCAGGAGACGUGGAGGAGGCCGUAGAAGGGCAACAACCCAGCAGCAGGACCGCUACCUCCGCCUUUGUGCAAGGAGGAGCACUGCCAGAGCCCUGCAAAAUGACCUCCAGCAGGCCACAAAUGUGCAUGUCUGCUCAAACGGUCAGAAACAGACUCCAUGAGGGUGGUAUGAGGGCCCGACGUCCACAGGUGGGGGUUGUGCUUACAGCCCAACACCGUGCAGGACGUUUGGCAUUUGCCAGAGAACACCAGGAUUGACAAAUUUGCCACUGGCGCCCUGUGCUCUUCACAGAUGAAAGCAGGUUCACACUGAGCACGUGACAGACGUGACAGAGUCUGGAGACGCCGUGGAGAACGUUCUGCUGCCUGCAACAUCCUCCAGCAUGACCGGUUUGGCGGUGGGUCAGUCAUGGUGUGGGGUGGCAUUUCUUUGGGGGGGACGCACAGCCCUCCAUGUGCUCGCCAGAGGUAGCCUGACUGCCAUUAGGUACCGAGAUGAGAUCCUCAGACCACUUGUGAGACCAUAUGCUGGUGCGGUUGGCCCUGGGUUCCUCCUAAUGCAAGACAAUGCUAGACCUCAUGUGGCUGGAGUGUGUCAGCAGUUCCUGCAAGAGGAAGGCAUUGAUGCUAUGGACUGGCCUGCCUGUUCCCCAGACCUGAAUCCAAUUGAGCACAUCUGGGACAUCAUGUCUCGCUCCAUCCACCAACGCCACGUUGCACCACAGACUGUCCAGGAGUUGGCGGAUGCUUUAGUCCAGGUCUGGGAGGAGAUCCCUCAGGAGACCAUCCGCCACCACAUCAGGAGCAUGCCCAGGCAUUGUAGAGAGGUCAUACAGGCACGUGGAGGCCACACACACUACUGAGCCUCAUUUUGACUUGUUUUAAAGACAUUACAUCAAAGUUGGAUCAGCCUGUAGUGUGGUUUUCCACUUUAAUUUUGAGUGUGACUCCAAAUCCAGACCUCCAUGGGUUGAUAAAUUUGAUUUCUAUUGAUAAUUUUUGUGUGAUUUUGUUGUCAGCACAUUCAACUAUGUAAAUAAAAAAGUAUUUAAUAAGAUUAUUAAAUUCAUUCAGAUCUAGGAUGUGUUCCCUUUAUUUUUUUGAGCAGUGUGUGUGUGUGUGUGUGUGUGUGUGUGUGUGUGUGUGUGUGUGUAUGUAUAUAUAUAUAUAUAUAUAUACACACACACAGUACCAGUCAAAAGUUUGGACAUACCUACUCAUUCCAGGGUUUUUCUUUUCUUUUUAUUAUUUUCUACAUUGUAGAAUAAUAGUGAAGACAUCAAAACUAUGAAAUAACACAUGGAAUCAUGUAUUAACCAAAAAAGUGUUAAACAAAUCAAAAUAUAUUUUAUAUUUGAGAUUAUUCAAAGUAGCCACCCUUUGCCUUGAUGACAGAUUUGCACACUCUCAACCAGCUUCAUGAGGUAGUCACCUGGAAUGCAUUUCAAUUAACAGGUGUGCCUUGUUAAACGUUAAUUUGUGGAAUUUCUUUCCUUCUUCAUGCGUUUGAGCCAAUCAGUUGUGUUGUGACAAGGUAGGGGUGGUAAACAGAAGAUAGCCCUAUUUGGUAAAAGACCAAGUCCAUAUUAUGGCAAGAACAGCUCAAAUAAGCAAAGAGAAAUGACAGUCCAUCAUUACUUUAAGACAUGAAGGUCAGUCAAUCUGGAAAAUUUCAAGAACUAAAAGUUUCUUCAAGUGCAGUCGCAAAAACCAUCAAGUCUAUGAUGAAACUGGCUUUUAUGAGGACCGCCACAGGAAAGGAAGACCCAGAGUUACCUCUGCUGCAGAGUAUAAGUUCAUUAGAGUUACCAGCCUCAGAAAUCGGCUAUUAACUGCACCUCAGAUUGCAGCCCAAAUAAAUGCUUCACAGAGUUCAAGUAACAGACACAUCUCAACAUCAACUGUUCAGAGGAGACUGCUUGAAUCAGGCCUUCAUGGUCGAAUUGCUGCAAAGAAACCACUACUAAAGGACACCAAUAAUAAGAAGUGACUUGCUUGGGCCAAGAAACACAAGCAAUGGACAUUAGACAUGUGGAAAUCUGUCCUUUGGUCCAAAUGUGAGAUUUUUGGUUCCAAUCGCCAUGUCUUUGUGAGACGCAGAGUAGGUUAACGGAUGAUCUCCGCAUGUGUGGUUUCCACAGUGAAGCAUGGAGGAGGUGGGAUGGUGUGGGGGCGCUUUGCUGAUGACACUGUCUGUGAUUUAUUUAGAAUUCAAGGCACACUUAACCAGCAUGGCUACCACAGCAUUCUGCAGCGAUACACCUUCCCAUCUGGUUUGGGCUUAGUGGGACUAUCAUUUGUUUUUCAACAGGACAAUGACCCAAAAAUAUAUUUUGAUUUGUUUAACACUUUUUUUGGUUACUACAUGAUUCCAUAUGUGUUAUUUCAUAGUUUUGAUUUCUUCACAAUUUUUCUACAAUGUAGAAAAUAGUAAAAAUAAAGAAAAACCCUUGAAUGAGUAGGUGUGUCCAAACUUUUGACUGGUACUGUAUAUACAGUGGGGAAAAAAAGUAUUUAGUCAGCCACCAAUUGUGCAAGUUCUCCCACUUAAAAAGAUGAGAGAGGCCUGUAAUUUUCAUCAUAGGUACACGUCAACUAUGACAGACAAAUUGAAGAAAAAAAAUCCAGUAAAUCAUAUUGUAGGAUUUUUAAUAAAUUUAUUUGCAAAUUAUGGUGGAAAAUAAGUAUUUGGUCAAUAACAAAAGUUUCUCAAUACUUUGUUAUAUAUCCUUUGUUGGCAAUGACACAGGUCAAACAUUUUCUGUAAGUCUUCACAAGGUUUUCACACACUGUUGCUGGUAUUUUGGCCCAUUCCUCCAUGCAGAUCUCCUCUAGAGCAGUGAUGUUUUGGGGCUGUCGCUGGGCAACACAGACUUUCAACUCCCUCCAAAGAUUUUCUAUGGGGUUGAGAUCUGGAGACUGGCUAGGCCACUCCAGGACCUUGAAAUGCUUCUUACGAAGCCACUCCUUCGUUGCCCGGGCGGUGUGUUUGGGAUCAUUGUCAUGCUGAAAGACCCAGCCACGUUUCAUCUUCAAUGCCCUUGCUGAUGGAAGGAGGUUUUCACUCAAAAUCUCACGAUACAUGGCCCCAUUCAUUCUUUCCUUUACACGGAUCAGUCGUCCUGGUCCCUUUGCAGAAAAACAGCCCCAAAGCAUGAUGUUUCCACCCCCAUGCUUCACAGUAGGUAUGGUGUUCUUUGGAUGCAACUCAGCAUUCUUUGUCCUCCAAACACGACGAGUUGAGUUUUUACCAAAAAGUUCUAUUUUGGUUUCAUCUGACCUUAUGACAUUCUCCCAAUCCUCUUCUGGAUCAUCCAAAUGCACUCUAGCAAACUUCAGACGGGCCUGGACAUGUACUGGCUUAAGCAGGGGGACACGUCUGGCACUGCAGGAUUUGAGUCCCUGGCGGCGUAGUGGUUACUGAUGGUAGGCUUUGUUACUUUGGUCCCAGCUCUCUGCAGGUCAUUCACUAGGUCCCCCCGUGUGGUUCUGGGAUUUUUGCUCACCGUUCUUGUGAUCAUUUUGACCCCACGGGGUGAGAUCUUGCGUGGAGCCCCAGAUCGAGGGAGAUUAUCAGUGGUCUUGUAUGUCUUCCAUUUCCUAAUAAUUGCUCCCACAGUUGAUUUCUUCAAACCAAGCUGCUUACCUAUUGCAGAUUCAGUCUUCCCAGCCUGGUGCAGGUCUACAAUGUUGUUUCUGGUGUCCUUUGACAGCUCUUUGGUCUUGGCCAUAGUGGAGUUUGGAGUGUGACUGUUUGAGGUUGUGGACAGGUGUCUUUUUUAUACUGAUAACAAGUUCAAACAGGUGCCAUUAAUACAGGUAACGAGUGGAGGACAGAGGGGCCUCUUGAAGGUACAGGUCUGUGAGAGCCAGAAAUCUUGCUUGUUUGUAGGUGACCAAAUACUUAUUUUCCACCAUAAUUUGCAAAUAAAUUCAUAAAAAAUCCUACAAUGUGAUUUUCUGGAUUUUAGUUUCUCAAUUUGUCUGUCAUAGUUGACGUGUACCUAUGAUGAAAAUUACAGGCCUCUCAUCUUUUUAAGUGGGAGAACUUGCACAAUUGGUGGCUGACUAAAUACUUUUUUCCCCACUGUAUAUUUGGACACCCCUUCAAAUGAUUGGAUUAGGCUAUUUCAGCCACACCCGUUGCUGACCGGUGUAUAAAAUCGAGCACACAGACAUGCAAUCUCCAUAGACAAACAUUGGCAGUAGAAUGGCCUUACUGAAGAGCUCAGUGACUUUCAACGUGGCACCGUCAUAGGAUGCCAUCUUUCCAACAAUUCAGUUUGUCAAAUUUCUGCCAUGCUGGAGCUGCCCCGGUCAACUGUAAGUGCUGUUAUGGUGAAGUGGAAAUGUCUAGGAGCAACAACAGCUCAGCCGCAAAGUGGUAGGCCACACAAGCUCACAAAAUGGGAGAAUGCUACAGCAUACAUUUACAUUUAAGUCAUUUAGCAGACGCUCUUAUCCAGAGCGACUUACAGUUAGUGAGUGCAUACAUUUAUUUAUUUAUUUUUCAUACCCCCGUGGGAAUCGAACCCACAACCCUGGCGUUGCAAACACCAUGCUCUACCAACUGAGCUACAUCCCUGACAUUGACAAUGACAUUCUAGACGAUUCUGUGCUUCCAACUUUGUGGUAGUUUGGGGAAGGCCCUUUCCUGUUUCAUCAUGACAAUGCCCCGUGCACAAAACAUGAAAUGGUUUGUCGAGAUUGAUGUGGAAGAACUUGACUGGCCUGCACAGAGCCCUGAUCUCAACCCCAUCGAACACCUUUGGGAUGAAUUGGAACGCUGACUGCGAGCCAGGCCUAAUCGCCCUAAGUGCCCAACCUCACUAAUGCUCUUGUGGCUGAUAGGAAGCAAGUCCCCACAGCAAUGUUCCAACAUCUAGUGGAAAGCCUUCCCAGAAGAGUGGAGGAUGUUAUAGCAGCAAAGGGGGGACCAACUCCAUAAUAAUGCCCAUGAUUUUGGAAUGAGAUUUUCGACGUGCAGGUGUCCACAUACUUUUGGUCAUGUAGUGUAUGAGGCCACUCCACAGAGGGAAAAACAGUCUUUACAGGUGGAAAAAUCGUAACUCUGGUCCAGGGCUUUGCACGCAGCUUUCUGACGCUGAGCCUUCAGGGUCAGCAAGCCGCGUGUAACUCCCUGGACCAGAGCUUAGAAAAAUCCCAAACCCUCUCCAAAAUCACUCCCACCAUGGCCACAACUACACAUUAUUUUAUAGAACUACAGCAGAAAUAACAGGUUUCUUAGCUUAACUCGCUAUGCAAAAACACUAUGCACAUUGGGUUUGACAUUAUACUAUGUAACCAAAUCAACAACAGAACAAAAAGACACAAAGAAAGCCCUCAUAAACCAACAAUUGCUAACAAUGCCAUGAUAAGGUUCUCUUCUGCUCUUAAUCUUUCCAAUAAUUAUUACUUUGCUGCUGUUGGUAUGUAUGUGUGAUGAUAGCAUAUAAGUGGUACCUCUGAUCUUUAGCGCUGUUCAUCACCCUUGUGUGUGAAAGAGAGAGAUAUUCUGCAUCCCAAAUGGCACCCUAUUCCCUAGGGACUGGUAAAAAAAAUUGUGCAGUAGAUAGGGAAUAGGGUGGCAUUUGGGAUGUAACCAUAGCAUAUAAGCGGUAUGUGAAUGUGUUUUACCACCCCUUGACUUUGCGCUCUGACCUCAGGCCUGUGGUCCAGCUCAGCUCUGAGGUCAUAGUAGGAGCUCAGUGUGGCAGUGCUGUUCUGAGGGGCGCGCACGUCUUCGCCCCAGGGAUCCUCGCCACACCCAAGUGUAAGAUAACUUCAUGCACUUCAACUACAAACCAAGGACAGCACACUUUUUCUUCAGACUUCCUUAGUUGCCAUUGGAGCCUUUGACCGGAGCGAUUUGGUAGACCUUGAGUUCUUCUUCAAUUAUUUGAAUGGAAAGUACGUCAAUGUUGUGAUACUAGUUGCGUUCACAACAGAUGAACUGUUAUCAGCAGUCUAGUAAAACAAUAGUUUUGUGAAUAAACAUUAUAGCCUGGACUAGAGGUAUAAUAAUAGUGGUGUGUUUGGUCUCAGUCAUGAAGACAGGGGAUGUGGUGUACAUAUCAAUGUUGUGAUACUAAAAUUGUGUUAGAACUGUUAUCAUCAGUCUAGUAAAAGAGUAUUAACUCAUAAACCUGUUGCCUGAUCAUUCUCUGACUGUCUCAGUCAUGAAGACAGGCGAUGCGGUGUCUGUGUUCUCGGACCUGGAGGGGAAGUGCACACGGGGGAACAAGGACUUUAAGGGAAAGAGAGUGUUUGUGGGAAAUGGAGUCGCUGAAAUGGACCGCUCCAACAUCUUCUGCUCAGAUGAACCAGUCAAGUAGGUAGAGACGCUUAAGUCUCGAAUCUCUAUACAAAAUUCUCUCAGAGCAGUGUUACACUAGUCUGUUAUAGGGCUGAUAUUUGGGUAGCACUUUACAGCACAUCAGAAAGUGGUAAUAACAUGGUAAUAGUAUGGCUGCUAUUUGAAUAAAGAAUUAAUACAGAUCAAGCCUCAUUGAAUGAAGCAUGUGCAGAUACUCAAUAUCAAUGAUACUCAAUAUCAACGUUCAGAAUUAUUUAGUCCUAGUAAAAAGCAUGCCCUAAACUGUAAGACAUGCUCAGGUUUUAUUAUAUUUUGCAGUAAUGUCACUGUUCUCUUCCCAUCUAGGGGUGUUGGCAUUCGGAUGGUAGAGCCCCUGUACCAGAGCCCCUCCUUCGACGGGGUACUGCCCAGCCUGGCGUUCCUACAGGUACCUCUUGAACAGCAGUUUUUUGAGACUGCAGUAGAUUCUCUGAAUGAGUCAGAAUCAGGGGCAUCUCAUGUAUCAAGAAUCUCAGAGUAGAAGUACUGAUUUAGAAUCCAUUUUGAUCACAACAAAUAAGACAUUGGGGACCUGGGCCUGUAUCCACAAAGCAUUUCAGUCUAGAGUGCUAGGUCCCCACCUGUCCAUAUAAUCUUAUUCAUUAUGAUCUGAGCAGCAAAACUUAUCCUAGAUUAGCACUCCUACUCUGAGCUCUGUUUUCCCCUGUCUCUUUCUAUGACUCUAGAACCUCCCAUCAGUGGUGGUCGGUCACGUGCUGGGGCCCCGUCCUGGAGAGCGCAUCCUUGAUAUGUGUGCUGCCCCCGGGGGGAAGACCUGCCAUAUAGCUGCCCUGAUGGGGGGACAGGUGAGAGACUGUAGGGGGUGGGGGGGUUUCAGGGGGGGGGGGGGGGGGGGCUCUGCUGGGCUUUGAAGACCUUGAAUUUAAAGGUACAAUAUGCAGAAAUUGCUUCGCCAUUUCCUGGUUGCUAAAAUUGUAAUAGUUUGCCUAAUUUCAGAUUGUGUGACAAGUCAAGCAAGGAUAGUCUAGAGAAUCAUUGUACCAUCUAAACCGCUUUGAAAUAUAUUUUGAAGCUGGUGUACAAAACCGAAAGUAAAAGACACAAAAACAAAACUUCAGAACGGGAAGCAUAGAAAUAGGUCACAUAGAACGGAUCUACCACUUCUUAGACUUGCUUUCAAUGGGAAUGACAGAGCUAUAACUCACAUUUCUAUGUGAUUUUGGUUGGGUCGCCCAAAAAGUUACAUAUUGCAGCAUUAAAGGGAUAUUACACUUUCAGGUCAAAGUUUGUGAGAUGUUUUCCGACCUCUAAAGUAGUCUGUCAAAAUGAAGAAGAUUAGUAAAUGUCCCUUUAAGUUUCUAUUUGCACAUUACAUCUACUUCUCCACAAGGUGGCGUUGUUGUGCAAUGUUGGGCUCUUUUCCCCACUGCUGCCUGGUAUGUUGUUUUGAACUUUGCUGCUCACUUGGUUUGUCCCUUGCAGGGAGAGGUAGUGGCCCUGGAUAAGAUCAUAGGCAAGGUAGAGCGCAUCCGUCAGAACGCCAAGGCGCUGCAUCUGGACUGCAUCAAAGCCCACUGCUUCAACAGCAUCAAGGCUGUGUGCACUGACCAGGCCCAGGACACUGAGGGUACAGAAUGUGACUGAUGGGAUGCAUCCCAAAUGGCACCUUAAUUCCCUAUAUAGUGCACUAUACAGUAGGUAAUAGGGUGCCAUUUAGAAUGCAGACAUGGACACCACUUUGGCGCUCAAUGUUAUUCUCACCUCUGUACUUGGCUAGCAUGAUUACUAAUUCAGAGACCUGCAUACUUUCAUUUCAUCCUGUUUUCAGGUCCACCCUUCCCUCCACAGAGUUUUGACCGGGUGCUGCUGGAUGCUCCCUGUAGCGGUCUAGGCCAGAGACCCAGCAUGGCCUGUACCUGGAACCUGAAGGAGAUCUGCUCCUACCAGCCUCUACAGCGCAAGCUCUUCCACACGGUGCGUCACACACAUGGUCAGAUGCAUGCAUGCACGCUCGCACACACGCUUACCUCGCAUAACAUUGGCCGUGACCAGUAGAGGACGGUGUGGCCAAGCUUGAUUGUUCCAGAGCGCUUGGCUCCGCUAUACUCUGAAGGAAAGCUUAAGUAUAGCCGGCAGAUGGAUUACUGUGGGGAGAUUAGGGUCCAAUAGUGAGCACAUCACUUAUCCCAGAGGCACAAAGCGCUCCAUCAGUGUCCACUGGAGUUUCCUUAAGGCCAUUUAAUAUCUAGGCUCUGGAGAGACCGCAGUAAGGUAAAUGUGUGUGUAUGCACCGGCGUUCCGACAAUGCGAUGUCUAUCUAUUGAGAGAUGAGGGCCUGUUAAAGAGUGCUUACUGUGAGUGUGACAUUGAUGUGUGUGUCUUGUGUAUAAUUGGCAGGCGGUACAGCUCCUGAAGAAAGGUGGGAUCCUGGUGUACAGCACCUGCACGGUGACUCUGGCAGAGAACGAGGGGCAGGUGGUCUGGGCCCUUAACACCUUCCCCUGCCUCACACUACAGCCUCAGGUAGCACAUGCAUGCAAAUACACACACACACACACACACACAGCCUCAGGUAACAAAUGAACACACACACACACACACACACACACACACAAAAAAAAACAACUAAUGUGUCUGUCUCUCUCAGGAGCCCCACAUCGGAGCAGAGGGCAUGCUGGGAGCUGGCCUGUCACCUGAGCAGCUGCGUCUUCUCCAGAGGUUCAGUCCUGAGUUGGGCUGGAGCGCGGCCGAGGCCAGGGGAGAGGAUGACAGCCCCACAGAACAGCCAGAGUCCCCAAUCCCCCUCGCACACCGAGCCAACAAGGACACUAUCGGCUUCUUCAUCGCCAAGUUCCUGAAGAGCUGACAUGACUAGACUAGCGGUACUCUCCCCUACCUGGUUAGAACAGAGCUGUUCUCCUUGCCUUAACACAUAGCCUGCAAAGAGGAAUAAUGGUGUUUACACCUCUCACUGUACUCGGGCAAGAGAGCAUUUAGAACACACAGGCUCCCUGUGCGGUUUACAAUAUCCACCUCUGUGCCUGUCUGGCUGCAUACUAAAACACUGGGCCAUAUAGGGAUGAGUUGUAUAAACAGAGAGGGGAGGAGAGGAGGGAGGGAUUGAGCAAGAGAAAAACAUUUAAGGGCGAGUAAGGGAGAAAAUGCAGAGAGUGGGUUAGUAUCGGCGAAUGCAGUUCUGCUGCCAUUUGCCCCAUCGCCAUGACAACAGUGACGACACAGCUGACAGCGGAUUUGCUGGCUCUGGGAGCGUAGAUCAGGAAGUAGCGUGCUGAAAGGGGUCACGAGAUAUUAACAAUUUACUGCCUUUUUAGUUAGUGUUUCAAAAACAAGGAACCGGUAUGGUUAUUUUUACAGGAACAAGAUGGUAGGUAUCACACAGCUAUCCCUCAGUUUAUGGUCUCUACAUUCAAACAGAUGUUUUUGUUACUUUACUUAUCCCCUUUUCUCUCAAAUAAAUGGAAAAUAAAC